CCGCCGCCGCUGCCCUGCCCUCCGCGCCGCCGCAGCCAUGGUGAAGUACUCGACGGAUCCCAUCAACCCCACCAAGUCCGCCAAGGCCAUGGGCCGGGACCUGCGUGUUCAUUUCAAGAACACCAGGGAGACAGCGUUCGCCCUCCGAAAGAUGGCACUGAACAAGGCUAAGAGGUACCUGGAGGAUGUCCUUGCUCACAAGCAAGCCAUCCCCUUCCGUAGGUACUGCCGUGGUGUUGGACGUACUGCACAAGCUAAGAACCGCCAGCCAAAUGGUCAGGGACGCUGGCCUGCCAAGUCUGCUCAGUUUGUUCUGGAUCUUCUCAAGAACGCUGAGAGCAAUGCAGAGGUUAAAGGUCUGGAUGUUGAUGCUCUCUACAUAUCACACAUCCAGGUGAACCAGGCCCAGAAGCAGAGGCGUCGGACCUACCGUGCUCAUGGACGUAUCAACCCCUACAUGUCUAACCCUUGCCACAUUGAGCUCAUCUUGUCCGAGAAGGAAGAGCCAGUGAAGAAAGAGGCUGAGUCCCAGAUUGCACCCAGGAAGGCCUAGAGGAAGAAAGCUUGGCAUUAUUGUCCGCUUAUUCGUUAGAGCAGCUUGUAGCAUCUGGUUUUGGCUGAGUGGAAAUUUUGGCCUGUUAUCAUCUGUUAUCUUCUAAAUACUGGUAGAUCAUACUUUGUGAACCAUUGAUGACCCCCUUGUGUACCAGAUCGAAUCUGGUUGUGUUCUGGGAUAUUUUUCAUAUUGGUGUCUCCAUAUC